UUAUUUAAUCUUCGACCGCUUCUCCUAUUAAUCCUCUGAUCCUUCUCUGCAUUAAUAACAAAUGGAUGUUCCCAAAGGCUUCUUGGCUUCACUCUGGAGUUUCGUUGCCUUCCUUCCGUUCUUCUUCUUGCUCUUGGUCCUUGGCAUCAUCAAAGCUGCUGUAAUCGGCCCUGUUGUGACUUCUAUAGUUUUAGUUGGGAAUUCGGCUGUAGUCAUCGGCAUGUGGCCAGCACAUUUCAUCUGGACUUAUUAUUGCGUGCUGAAGACUGCAAAGCUUGGGCUUGUUCUAAAAAUUUUCUCAUUGGUUGCGUUGCCAUUUCCAUUACUCUUGUCGCCAGCAUUAAGCGUUCUGGGGAGCCUUCUAGUUGGAAUAGGCUAUGGAUUCUUUGCUCCUCUAAUUGCAACAUUUGAGGCUGCUGGAGAACAAGUGGUUGACAAGCUUUAUCAUUGCUUUGCUGAUGGAUGUGUAGACACUGUCAAGGGAGCUUGUACGUUGGUGGUGGACUUCACAGAUUUUUGCUUCCACUCCUACUUCUCAUACAUGGAUGACCUCAUUGAAAACCUUGGAGCUGGGGAGAAUCCAAUGGAUAUCAAGUUGACAAAGCUACCAAGUUGUUUGCUGGUUUCUCUUAUUGGUACCCUAGUUGAUGUGCCUAUGAUCAGUAUCGUUGCACUUUGCAAGAGUCCCUACAUGCUAAUAAAGGGCUGGCAACGCCUAUUUCACGACUUAAUUGGAAGGGAAGGACCUUUUCUGGAGACAGUUUGUGUACCCUUUGCUGGUUUAGCUAUUCUAUUAUGGCCACUCGCCGUCAUCGGGGCAGUAAUCACUGCAUUUCUGUGCAGCUUCCUUCUAGGAUUUUAUGGGGGCAUUGUUGUUCAUCAGGAGGACUCUUUUCGCAUGGGAAUUGCUUAUAUUGUGUCUGUGAUCUCAAUAUUUGAUGAGUACACCAAUGAUCUACUUUAUCUAAGAGAAGGAUCAUGCUUUCCAAGGCCCAAGUAUCGAAAAUCAAAUGCUGAUCGAGAGCUUCUUGAGAACAAAGAAGAGGUUGAGAAGAAGAAGGCCCAAAAUGGGAAAGUUCUAUCAAGCUCGAAUACAGCAAAGUUAGCUACUCAAAGAUCAACUUUGAAGGAAACAAUACAGCAACUGAAACCUAUUCAAAUAUGGGAUUGGCUCUUCAUGUCUUGUGAGAUCAAUGGAAGGAUACUAUUCGGAGAGGGUUUGAUCACAGUAGAAGAUAUAGAAGAAUGCAUUGUCAAAGGGAAAUGCAAGAAGUUAAGCAUAAGAUUACCUUCAUGGUGUAUUCUCCAGUGCCUGCUACAAUCCGUGAAGUCCGACACAUAUGGCCUUCGGAUAUCUGAUGAAGUGGAGCUUACUAAUUUUAACUGGCCAAGGGACAAGGUGUUUGAUUGGAUUCUAGGACCACUCCUGAUCAUCAAGGAACAAGUAAGAAAACUUCAAUUGAAAGAGAACGAAGAAGCUUGCUUAAGGAAGUUGAUACUGAUAGGAAAAAAUGAGAAGCCGGAGGACUGGGAUGAAGUUGGUUUUCCAUCAGAUGACCAUGUAAGAAGAGCUCAAUUGCAGGCGAUAUUGAGAAGGCUUCAAGGGAUCGUUGCAAACAUGUCCAGGAUCCCAAGUUUUCGUCGCAGGUUCAAUAGUCUAAUCAAAUCCUUGUAUCUGGAGGCAAUAAAGACUGGUGCUUUUGGCAGCCAGAUAGGAGAAAGCAGCAGCAGCAGCAGCAGCUGGAAAAAGAGAAACAAACACAUGAUGAAAUCAAACAGCCUCGAUGUUUAACAGUGCACCAGAUGAUUUUGUUUGGAAAUUCGAUCACUCAAGUGGAAUGUAUUAAUGUUUUGUCUCCAAGUUUAAUCACAGACGAGAUUCUGACCGUAGAGUAAGAUUGACGAUGAUGACGUAUACUAUAUAGAUUAUAGACA